CGGGAUUGGGCAGUCGCUCUCCUGCAUCGACUUGGCGCACGCCGUCCACCGUGCUCUCGCCUUUUUGGCCCGUUUUUUCCCUGUCUUGAGCUUGCUGCGGAAUCUGACCCCGAGCCGUCGUGGGGUGGAGCUCCGGCGUGUGCGUGGCGGACAAUCGGUGAUCGGAUCGCUCUCACGCCAUGUUUAAAACCCUUGCUCAACAGUUUUCCUUUUGGUUCUGGAUCUUCUUUUUCCCCUCUUUUUCUCUUUCCCCUUUGUGUUAAACUCGCUGGGUUUCUCAACGGCGACGCACUUGAAUUGAAUGGGGACAGAGAACGACCUUGACGUCGAGGGGCAGACGGAGCCUCCUAUAUGUGGCUUCAAGAAUUCCGUGUCCUCCACUCCAUCCCCCACUCUUGCCGGUUCUGCCGAUGCCGACGGCGGCACCGUAGCCAGCGGAUCCGUCACCACCUUUGACACCGCUCCCGCGCCCGUAUUUUCCCCGGACUCGGUGCAUAUCCUCUCCGUGCCGAGUGUUUGCGCUCUGCUUGAGACAGACCUCGAAAAUGGAAUCGACAAUACCGAGGCUGCCCGUCGCUUGCAGCACCAUGGGCCUAACAAGGUUGAGGGAGCUAAAGGGCUAUCCGUGUGGACGAUUCUCCUGAGGCAGGUCUCGAACAGCCUGACUAUUGUUCUCGUCAUCACGAUGGUGCUAUCCUUUGCCAUCAGCGACCACAUUGAAGGCGGCGUUAUCAGUGCUGUCAUUUUGUUCAACAUUGUGGUCGGGUUCAUCCAAGACUACCGCGCCGAACAGACCAUCCAGGCCCUGUACGCACUCUCUGCACCCACGUGCAAGGUAAUCCGCGCUGGCCAGACUGACAACAUAAAGGCCGAGACCCUCGUGCCUGGCGACCUGGUCAGGCUAGGCGUCGGCGAUGUUGUCCCGGCCGAUCUCCGACUGGUGCGCAGCGUCAACUUGUCCACCGACGAGGCGUUGCUCACCGGCGAAUCUGUUCCCGUCAGCAAGCACGCAGAAAUUAUUCUGAAAGAUCGCCAUGUUCCCCUGGGCGACCGCAUCAACAUGGUCUACUCGGCCAGUACUGUAACUCGUGGUCGCGCCACUGGUGUUGUGGUGGCCACCGGAAUGACCACGGAAGUGGGCAAGAUUGCCGAGAUUCUCCGGGCGAGCAGAGGCAAAAAGGUCGAAGAGGGUAUGGGCCUGGUCCGGAGGACUUGGGUCAGGGUCAGAAAUGGCCUUCGCAUCCUCCUCGGCCUCGACGGCACCCCCAUGCAAGUCUCCCUGAGCAAGUUCGCCUUGCUCCUGUUUGCAUUGGCUAUCACACUGGCUAUCAUCGUCUUCUCUGUCAGUCUUUGGCAUGUCACGAGCGAAGUCUUGAUCUAUGGCAUUUGUGUGGCCGUUGCCGUGAUUCCGGAGUCGCUCAUCGCCGUUCUUACCAUCGCAACCGCGCUUGGGACUCGCGCCAUGGCCAAGGGCAAUGUGGUUAUUCGCAAACUUGCCGCCCUCGAGGCCGUCGGCGGAGUGACGAAUAUUUGCUCCGACAAAACCGGGACCCUCACCCAAGGCAAAAUGGUUGCGAAAUGCGUGUGGCUGGUCGAUGGCACCGAGAUCUCGAUUCAGGUGACCACCCACCCUUUUGACCCCACGAGCGGAAGCGUUCGCAUUGGCGCCGAGACGUAUUCCUCAGGAACUCUGCCAGAUGAUGAGAAGAGCAUCCGGCUUAUCGAGUUCUUGGAGACGGUCGCGUUGUGCAACAACUCAACUGUUACUAAGGCCGACGCCUCGUAUACCGCAAUUGGUGAGCCCACCGAGAUUGCUCUUCAGGUCCUCGCCAUGCGGUUCGGCAUGGGUAAGCCUGCCCUGUUGGGAUCAAGUAGCCACCGGUUUCUGGCCGAGUACCCCUUUGACUCGUCCUGCAAGAGGAUGACAGUCAUCUACACGGAUAACGCGGGCGCAUCGGCAUACACCAAAGGCGCCCUUGAAGCCAUGCUUCCCUUGAUGAAUGUUUCCGAUGACCAGAAGGCCCGAAUCGUAGCCAAGGCCGAGUCUAUGGCGGCGAAAGGCCUCCGUGUUCUCUGCGUAGCAAAAACAACGGCCGACCCAGGUAGCUUUCCUUCGAAAUGCUCCCCUGAUGCCGAGGAGAAGAUUUCUCUAGCAGUUGACAAUAUUCCCGAGCGCUCCGCUGUCGAAGCUCAUCUCACCUUCUUGGGCUUGGCCGGACUGUACGACCCGCCAAGGCUGGAGUCCGCUGCAGCUGUUAGACGAUGCCAAGAAGCUGGCAUCACAGUCCAUAUGCUCACCGGAGACCACGUAAAGACGGCCACGGCUAUUGCUUACGAGAUUGGAAUCCUGAAAACCGCCAACCCGACCUCUCCAACCAGCAAUAGCAAUCAGAUCAUGGUCGCGAGCACCUUUGACGACCUUAGCGAUGCCCAGAUCGACCAAAUGGAACAUUUGCCUCUGGUGUUGGCCAGGUGCAGCCCCACGACCAAGGUCCGCAUGGUGGAAGCUAUGCACCGGAGAAAGGCGUUUUGUGUCAUGACGGGGGACGGCGUGAACGACUCGCCAGCUCUGAAAAAGUCGGACAUUGGAAUCGCCAUGGGUCUCAACGGCAGCGACGUGGCCAAAGAGGCGGCAGAUAUGGUGCUAACAGACGACAACUUUGCCUCGAUAGUCACGGCUAUCGAGGAGGGCAGACGCUUGUUUGACAAUAUUCAAAAGUUCCUCCUCCACCUCCUCGUCUCCAACAUCGCCCAGGUGUUGCUCCUCCUGAUUGGCCUCGCCUUCAGAGACAGCCACGGGAUUUCCAUCUUCCCGCUUUCUCCGCUGGAGAUUCUCUGGGCCAACCUGGUCACGUCGUCCUUUCUGGCCCUCGGUCUCGGCAUCGAGGAGGCGCAGCCGGACAUCAUGCAACGGCCCCCGCACGACCUUUCCGUGGGCGUCUUCACCCGCGAGCUGAUUGUAGAUAAAUUCGUCUACGGCUCUGCAAUGGGUGGACUCUGCCUCGCGGCAUUCACUAGUGUCGCCUACGGCAUGUCUGGGCCUCACGGCCUCGGCGUUGGGUGUAACGAGCAUUACUCUGAAUUGUGCAGCGUCCCGUUCCGUGCCCGUGCCACCACGUUUGCUACCCUCACGUUCCUCCUCCUCAUCACGGCGUGGGAGGCAAAGCACUUUACUCGGUCGCUGUUUGCCAUGCACCCGGAGAAGUACGCAGGCCCGCUGUCUGUCUUCCGCACGGUGUGGCAGAACAAGUUUCUGUUUGGUGCCGUCUCGGCUGGGUUCGUGAUUGCGUUUCCGGUUAUUUAUCUCCCUGUGAUUAACCGGGUUGUUUUUAAGCAUGAGGCUAUCACGUGGGAGUGGGGUGUGGUUGUGGCAUGUGUUGUGGUUUACAUUGUGAUUGUUGAGGCGUGGAAGGCGGUGAAGAGGAGGUUUGGUUUGGGGGCUGUUCUGUUGAAGCAGGGUGUUGAAGCUGGAACCGAGGUGUGAAGAUGCUCAGGGGGCAGGAAGGUGACGGGUGUUGGAUGGAGAUGGUGGUCGAAAGAUGCCGCAGGGGGAAAGGCUUUACACAGCCAGCCAGCUAGACACUCAGCUGCGCUUUUGGGGACCUUCGGCCGACUCGGCCUGUUUGGUUCUUUUCUCUUCGUUCUCCUUGCGUUAAGCAGGAGCCAGUUUUGUCGUCUUCCUUUGGGGUUGUCCCCAGCCGUUCUUUCCAUAGAGGCAAGGGGCAAACGGCCUUGUAGCAAAUCGAGUCUGCAAUUGGUAUACUCGGGUGCUCAGUAUAGUCAUUUCCUUGUACUGAUCAGUGACCACUGAUUAGCCUCUUCUGUCCACGGUAGCUUCCACUCUGAGAUCAUCAUGACCAACAAGAAAGCAGAAACAGAA